UAAAGAUUUUAAUCUAGUUGAUAAUUAUUAUUAAGUAAUGAGUAAACAAAUAUAUUUAUUAUUUAUAAUUUUUAUAAUUUUUAAAAAUAUUUUUGCUGAAAAAAAUGAUGAUUUAGCUGUUGCUUCGACAAAUGAUGAUGGUGGUAAAAAUGCAGAAAAAGAAGCUGGUGGACAUGCAGCAUCGGAAUAUCAUAAAACUGAUGGAAAAAAAGGAGACGAGAGCUAUGAAAAGAAACACGAGUUAGAUAAAGGUGAGGAAGGACAUCACGAUCAUGAGGAUCAUAAUAAAAGUUAUGAGGAGUCAAAUGGUGUCGAGAAAAAGCACAAAGACGAAGCUGGACAUUAUGACGAGUAUCUGGAGGGUGAGAAACGUGAAAAGUUUGCCGAGUUCGAUGAAGAGGGUAAACACCAAAAGGGACACAGCACUAAGGGUCAACACAAUGUUUACAAGAAAGAUGAGUAUGAGAAAAAACAUGAUUUCUAUGAUGAAUUUCAUGAUGAAGACGGACAUGAACAGCAAGGUGGAUUCAAACACUCACACGAAAAUAAAAAAGGUGGAUUUGAUAAAAAAGGUCAUCGUGAUUAUGCUCAUCAAAAGGGUCAUCAUGGCAAAAAACAUGAUCACCAUAAAGCCAAACAUCAUCAUAAUAAAAAAAAUCAUAAAUCUGGUGAGGGUAAUGAUCAUCAUCAUAAAUCUCAUUACAAACAUGGAAAAAGAGCUGGAAAAGCACGAAAGAAACAAUGGUCACGUUCUGGCAAAGCUUGAUUGUUCUCAAUAUUUAUCCAUUAAUUCAUAAAUUUAAAUUAUUAUCAAUAACAAUAAUCACAAUGAUGUGCAAUCGAUUGAGACUUUUAUAUUUACUAGUUGACUUGUUUUUAUUUCAAUUAAUUGUGAAAAGUGAAAACCUAGCGUUAAAUUGGUCACACUUGAUGACACACCAUGUUCUACAUUUACUUUUAGUUUUAUUGUAUUUUAUAAAUUUAUCGACCACCUAAAACAUUAUUUAUUACAUAUUUAAUUAUGAGCUUCAGUAU